GAGAUUUAUAUAUGUUUAUAUAAUCAAAAAGUAAAAAUAAAAAAAUAAAAUAAAAUAAAAAAUUUACAUAUGUUUGUUAUACAUGCUCCUUGGCUUAUAUUGUACAGAGCAUCAUGUGAAUUUUCCUUCACACACUCAACUAUGUGAAAAACUACACACCUGGUAACAACAGCAUCAAUGGCGACGAAACCAAGAACCGUCACCUUCCUGCAUUUCCUCUUCCUCGCAAUUUCCUUACAACCCCAUUACUCAAACCAGCUGCAGCAAUCCCAGUACGAAACCCUCGCGAGAAUCAAGCAGCAGCUCAACUUCCCACAAGAGCUCACCACCUGGACCGACAACGCCGACUUCUGCAACCACGCGCCGUCGCAGAUCCUCACCCUCGUCUGCUACGAAGACAACAUCACCCAGCUCCACCUCACCGGCGACAACCAACACCGGUUCCCCCAUUUCAGCGACGACUUCUCGACAAACUCCUUCUUCUCCAACAUCGCCGCCCUCCCAAACCUGAAAGUUUUGUCGCUAGUUUCGUUAGGGCUGAAUGGCCCUCUGCCUCCGUCCGUCGCUAAUUUUUCGUCGCUGGAAAUACUGAACGUGAGCUCCAACUCAUUCAACGGCUCGAUCCCGACGGAAAUUUCGUCGCUAAAAAACCUCCAAACGCUGAUACUCGACGACAAUGGCUUCACCGGCGAACUCCCCGGCUGGCUUUCUUCUUCUCUUCCGUCGCUGAGUGUUUUGAGCAUCAAGAACAACUCACUCGCCGGUUCUUUUCCGUACGGAUUAUCGGCUAUGGCGAAUCUUCGAACACUUGUUCUCUCUGCAAAUAAUCUCACCGGACAAGUGCCGGAGCUUCGUAACUUAACGAAUCUUCAGAUUCUUGAUUUGGAAGACAACAACCUCGGACCUCAGUUUCCUAGUUUGCCGACAAAGCUGGUUUCCUUAGUCCUGAAAAACAACAAGUUCCAUUCCGUAGUAUCCCAUGAACUGAGCUCCUGCUACCAGCUUCAGAAGCUGGACCUCUCGUCGAACGAGCUCGUCGGCCCGUUUCCGUAUUCGCUCCUGUCGCUAAAUUCCCUCACUUACUUAAACAUCGGUGGCAACAAAUUCAGCGGGAAGCUCUCAAAACAGAGCAUCUCUUGCAGUGCACAGCUAGUGUUUGUGAAUAUGUCCGAGAAUCGUUUGACCGGCGAUUUGCCCGAUUGUCUCACAUCAUCCGAUGGAGGGAUCGUCUCUAUGUACGAUGGCAAUUGUUUUUCGAGUCGAUACGGAAACCAGCACCCUUUGUCUUACUGUCAUAGUGAAGCUCUUGCUGUGGGGAUUUCGCCGAAGAAAACGGAGGAGAAAAGGGCGUCGUCGAACGGUAAAGCGGUUCUUGCUUCGAGUAUGGUUGGAGGGGUUGUUGGGGCGGUUGCGCUUUUCGGGCUUGCAUUCAUAUUCGUGAAGAGGGAAUAUACGAAACAGAAUCAGCUGAUUGUUGGUAAAGUUCCGCUCACGAGAUUGAUAGUCGAUAAGGCCUCGCCUUCGUACACACUUCAGCUGCUCAAGGAUGCUAGGUAUAUAUCAGAAACGAUGAAAAUGGGAGCACUUGGAAUUCCACCUUAUAGAACCUUCGUUCUCGAUGAAAUUAAGGAGGCGACUAAUAACUUCAAUCAUUCGAAUCUUAUCGGUGAAGGUUCUAAUGGACAGGUGUACAAAGGAUGGCUGACAGACGGAACAGUUGUCGCCAUAACAAGCUUGAAAAUGAGAAGACGACACGGAAUCCACACUUACACUAACCAACUCGAGUUGAUUUCAAAACUUCGGCAUUGUCAUCUCGUCAGUGCAAUUGGCCACUGCUUUGAGUGCUUUCAAGACGAUUCGUCGUGUGUUAGUCGAUUUUUUCAUGUCUUCGAGUACGUGCCAAACGGGACCCUCCGCUCGUUUAUAUCAGAUGGAAAAUCGGGACAGAAGUUUACGUGGACACAAAGAAUAGCAGCUGGCAUUGGAAUAGCAAAGGGUGUCCAGUUUCUUCAUAACGGAAUAAUACCUGGAAUAUACUCUAAUCGUCUGAAAAUUACGGAUAUUCUGCUUGACCAUAAUCUCCUCGUCAAAAUUAGCAAAUACAAUGUACCUCUGCUGACGGAGAAUAGAAAUUCGAACGAGAUGCAAAUUCUAUUACGCGGAUCGAAGGAAAAAUUUGGAUCGAUGCUGAGUUGUGAGGAGAAAAACGAUAUCUACGACUUCGGAGUAAUUUUACUCGAAAUCAUUGUCGGAAGGACAAUCAUCUCUUCGAACGACGUUAACGUGUCCAAAGAUAUUCUGUCAGUGAGCCUAGCAGCAGAUAGUAUAGCUCGACGGAGUAUAAUAGAUCCGGCGGUACACAAGGAAUGCUCGGACGAUUCACUAAAGACUCUAAUAGAGCUCUGCUUAAGAUGUCUGUCGAACGAGCCUUCCGAGAGGCCUUCGAUCGAAGAUGUGAUAUGGAACUUGCAGUUUGCUGCUCAGGUUCAGGACACGUGGCAUCUAGGCUCCUCCAGUAAUGGAAACUCUCCGGUUCAUGCAGUUUGACUUGUACAAUUAAUUUUGAUCAUAAUAAUUGUAUUACAUUAGACUAUGUUAUAAAAUUGCAAUGGAUGUGUAUAUAUAUGGAUGGUUUAUGUUUUCUUUUUGCCGCUGAAUGUCGUAUAUGUUUUUUGUUG